AUGUCGAAGGUUAUGAGAUCAGUGAAGAACGUCACCAAGGGUUAUUCAUCAACUCAGGUGAAGGUUCGAAAUGCUACAAGCAAUGAUCCAUGGGGCCCUACAGGGGCCGAGAUGAGCGAGAUCGCUCGUAUGACUUUUGAUGUAGGCACAGAUUUUUUCGAGAUCAUGGAUAUGCUCGAUAAACGGCUAAACGACAAAGGGAGGAAUUGGAGACACGUAUUGAAGGCGCUGAAAGUUCUCGAUUAUUGCUUGCACGAAGGCUCAGAAAAUGUUGUGGUAUGGGCCAAGGAUAAUAUUUACAUCAUAAAGACAUUGCGAGAGUUUCAGCAUAUCGACGAAGAGGGCAGAGAUCAAGGAGUUAACGUCCGAGUAGCUGCUAAGGAAAUCACAUCUCUAAUUAUGGACGAAGAGCGUCUGCGCGGCGAACGAAAAGACCGAAAGUCUUGGAAGUCGAGGGUUACAGGGAUAGAAGAUUAUGCCUCAUCUUCAAAUGGCCACGCUCGUCCGGAAUCCGACUCGCGUAGGCGUCAACAGCGGACAUCCGGAUCCGGUCGCGGUAGAACAGAUGAGGAGGAUAUAGAAUACCGACUUGCAAUUGAAGCAAGUAAGAAUCAGGCAGAAGAAGAUAAACGCAAGAACGCUAAUAAGCAAUUAUCCGACGUGGAUGAUGACUUGGCAAAGGCUAUAAAGUUGAGUAAGGAGGAAGAGGAGCUUCGCCAGAGGGAAUUAGAACAGAGCAAUGCGGAUCGCCUAUUUGAUGAUGCAACGCCUACCACCACUGUUCAACAACCACAGAGCUUCCAACAGCCAAUAUACCCAACACAAUACGAGCAACUUGGGGAGGUUGACUUUUUUGGGAAUGCAGUACCUCAGCAAAACACUGGUUACUUGGCAAAUGUCUACUCUCAAGGUACAGGGUUUCCUCAGCAACAGUUUGCACAGCCCACUGGAUACGAUCAAAAUGCACAAAUGCAAUUUAUGAAUCCUAUGGUCACACAACCAACUAGUUACACCAAUCCGUAUAUUGCACCUGUGUCACUUAGUCCGCAGCCUACACAACAGCAACAAAGCUUCUUGCAGCCUGGUGAUAAUAACCCAUACGCAAAUAAUCAUCAAGCAGCUCAGCCUUUGCAGCCUUUGCCCACUGGAUCCAACAAUCCUUUUGCACCGAAGAUUCAAAACAGUUUUUCCAAUCAGUCACAAUCAACAGGCAUGCCUUCUCUAAACUUACUCCACCAGGAACAGCAACGCCAACAAGAGCAGCAAAGGCAGCAGCAGUUGUUGCAACAGCAACAGGAGCAGCAAAGGCAGCAACAACAGAGGCAGCAGCAGCAGCAAUCAUACCAAAACCAAUCGUAUCAACAGUCUUUUGCUCCAUCUUCUCCGACCCCCGCCGAAAAGCCUGUCAACCCACAGCACGCGCAUCUUGAGAAUCUUCUUGCUGCGGGCAACGCCAAUGGGCUGGAUACAUUUGGUAACGUUGGUGACCUUCGUAUCCCGGCUCAACACACCGCUCCUAGCAUGUUUGUAAACUCAGCUGGGACAAGCCGCACCGGUAGACCUAUGGCUGCACAGAGCACAGGUAACAACCCGUUCUUUAGUCAACAGUUCACCGGUGUUCCGCAAUCUACUGGUUUUGGAGGCUCCUUAAGCCCCCAGCCAAAUAGGCUUAUGCCAGCCCAUACGGGACCAGCAGGAAUGAAUGGGUUUGGGGGAUAUCAACAACAACAAUCAAUGGGGAACCCUUAUGCAGGAGGAUUUGGUCAGCAGCAGCAGCCACAGAAACAGCAGGGUGGUAAUCUGAUUGACCUGUAA